AAAAGAAUCAUUUCUUUAAAAAAAAAUUUUUAAAUAUUUUUCAAUUGUUGACCAAUAAAGAAACCCUAUAAACUAACAAAAUGUGUGAUGAUGAUGCUGGUGCUUUAGUUAUUGACAACGGUUCGGGCAUGUGCAAAGCCGGCUUCGCUGGUGAUGAUGCCCCCCGUGCUGUCUUCCCAUCGAUUGUUGGUCGUCCUCGUCAUCAGGGUGUGAUGGUCGGUAUGGGUCAAAAAGAUUCCUACGUUGGUGACGAGGCUCAAAGCAAACGUGGUAUUUUAACUUUAAAAUAUCCCAUCGAACACGGCAUCAUCACCAAUUGGGAUGAUAUGGAAAAGAUCUGGCAUCACACAUUCUACAAUGAGUUGCGUGUGGCCCCCGAAGAACAUCCAGUAUUAUUGACUGAGGCCCCAUUGAAUCCCAAGGCUAAUCGUGAAAAGAUGACACAAAUCAUGUUUGAAACUUUCAAUUCGCCAGCCAUGUACGUAGCCAUUCAGGCUGUAUUGUCCUUAUACGCUUCCGGUCGUACCACUGGUAUUGUAUUGGAUUCUGGUGAUGGUGUAUCGCACACUGUCCCCAUUUAUGAAGGUUUCGCUUUACCUCAUGCCAUCUUGCGUUUGGAUUUGGCUGGUCGUGAUUUGACUGAUUAUCUUAUGAAAAUUUUGACUGAACGUGGCUACUCGUUCACCACUACAGCUGAACGUGAAAUCGUGCGUGAUAUUAAAGAGAAAUUGUGCUAUGUUGCUUUGGACUUUGAGCAAGAAAUGGCUACUGCUGCCGCUUCUACCUCAUUGGAGAAAUCCUAUGAAUUGCCUGACGGUCAAGUAAUUACUAUUGGCAAUGAGCGUUUCCGUUGCCCUGAGGCUCUCUUCCAACCAUCCUUCUUGGGUAUGGAAUCGUGUGGUAUCCAUGAGACUGUUUACAAUUCGAUCAUGAAGUGCGAUGUCGACAUCCGUAAAGAUUUAUACGCUAACUCUGUGUUGUCUGGUGGUACCACUAUGUAUCCCGGUAUUGCUGAUCGUAUGCAAAAGGAAAUCACUGCCUUGGCUCCUUCAACUAUUAAAAUUAAGAUUAUCGCUCCACCUGAAAGAAAGUACUCCGUCUGGAUUGGUGGCUCCAUUUUGGCUUCCCUUUCCACCUUCCAACAGAUGUGGAUCUCGAAGCAAGAAUACGAUGAAUCCGGUCCCGGUAUUGUGCAUCGCAAAUGCUUCUAAAUCUUUGCGACCAAAAAGAUUUUUUCCAAGCAUUACAUUAACUACUCUAUACAUCUCCGAUAGCAACGGCAAUAACAACAAUAAGAGCAAUAAUAGCAAUAAUAUCAAUCAACAACAACAACAACAACAACAACAACAACAAUAUGAACAACAAUAUGAACAACAACAGCAGCAACUAUAUAAAAAGGAUACAAAUAUCAUAACAGAAACAU